AUGACUGUUCGCCCGGUUCGGAAGAAGUCCAAGAACCCAUCGUAUUUUUCCCACGAGUUUAUUAUAUCAAAUCAUGGUGAUAUUGUUAGUUUUUUUGCCAUGAUAAUAGGGACACAUUCGUUUUCGUCCACGUUUUUGUUUAUACAACACAAUGUUACGGAUGAAGAUCAUCCUGAGCGACCUCCGUUAUACAGCCCAGGCAAAAGCGAUUUGUGUGUAAUUUUUUUCUACACACUCAUUUGUAUUGUGGCUCACGCAGUUCUUCAAGAAUACGUUUUCGAUAGGUUUGCCCGAAAGCUCAAUCUAACGAAGGCUCGUGUAUGCAAGUUCAACGAAUCAGCGCAUUUAACUUGUUUU